AUGUUUGGCAGUAUAGUAACAGCAGUUUCAUUGAGGAGAUGUUUUUAUUUAUCCGCUGUCGUUCUGGUGCUUUCAACAUUGAUGGCAGCUGUCAUCAUUGUCAAGCUUUCACCUUUAGAAUCUGUUAAGUGUCAGCCUCAUGCUGUCACUCCUGCAGUUGAGUGGAGUACAAUAUCAAAUCAACAAUUGGAGUCUGUAACAGCAGUACAGGCAGAUGAUAACAAAAAAGAAAACAAUGACAAAAAAUAUAAAGAGAUGCGUGAAAAAAUUGUGCAAAAUAAAAUUGCCAGAAUGUCACGAAAAAUGAGAAAUAAAGUUCUCCCAUUGUUGAGCAACAAUACAAUUGUGGAGCCGAAUUACAAUGUUCAUAUAUUUUAUUAUGCUUGGUACCGUUCACUGUCUUAUGACAGAGCCUGGAAACAUUGGAAUCAUGCAUAUCUACCAAACUGGAAGAAAAAUGAUAAAAGAGUAUUUCCAGAUGGAAAUCAUGAACCGCCAGCUGAUAUCGGAGCAAACUAUUAUCCUAGUUUAGGAUGUUACAGUUCAAUGGAUCCAAAGGUCAUAGAUCUACACAUGAAACAAUUAAAAGAAGCUGGUGUGGGAGUUGUUGUUGUUUCCUGGACACCACCGACUGCAAAUGACAAUACAGAUUCUAUAAUGCCUGAUUUAUUGGACACAGCGCACAGAUAUCAUUUAAAAAUAGCUCCACAUAUUGAACCAUAUGCAGGACGUAAUCCCAUUAAUUUAAUAGAGCAUAUACGACACUUGUUCAACAAAUAUGGAUCACAUCCAGCCCUCUACAGAAUGAAAAGACAAGAAGACGAUACAGUAUUGCCAGUGAUGUACAUCUAUGAUUCAUAUGUAUUUCCAUCUACUGCAUGGAGGGAACUAUUAUCUGAACGUGGUAAUUUAACAUUACGAGGAACUGAAAUUGAUGCAAUAUAUAUUGGCCUAUUGGUAGAAUCUCAGCAUAGAAAUCAUAUCAAAAAAUCACAUUUUGAUGGAUUUUACACAUACUUUGCUGUGAAUGGAUUUAGUCAUGGUAGUUCAUGGAAGAAUUGGAAGGAGUUGAACAAGUUUGCCAUUCAAAACAAGCUAUUAUUUAUACCCAGCUUAGGACCAGGAUACAUUGAUACACAGGUUCGGCCUUGGAAUUCUGAAAAUACAAGGCAUCGACGUCAUGGACAAUAUUACGAGAUGGCAUGGCGAAAUGUUUUAAACAGUGGUGCAAAUAUUGUAUCUAUAACCUCAUUCAAUGAAUGGCAUGAAGGAACGCAGAUCGAACCAGCUAAACCAGCCAGUAACAAGGAUUUCACGUAUCUAGAUUAUGAACCGGAGGGUCCCAAUUUUUAUUUGAAUUUAACUAAAUUGUGGGUUGAUCUAUUCACGAAGAAGCACAGUAAUUCGAAUGCGAAGGACUGAAUAGUUUCAAUAAGGACAAAAAUACAUUAACCCAGGUUGUCUUACGCUCAGAUUAUCGAAUCGGUCUAUUCCGAGAUGUACGUUCUGAAUAUGGCCUACUUGGUACAUAACGAAUUAAAAGAUAUCGAAGUCUUAGUAUUCCAUGUACAUGUUUGCCUAUCUACGUAUUUGUCCAUAAUAUUAUGGAAUUCGGUACUUUAUCGGAUUCUGCAGAUACGUAACAUACAAAUUUCUAGUGAUAAUCAAGACCAAGAGUAUCAAAACCAUAGUUAUAGAUUCGGUUUGCGUUUUUUGAACAUCUACUGCCAAAAAGAAAUUAUUUGAGCAAUUGAAUUCUCACUUUCAUGAGCACUUGCAAAAACCGUGUACUCUGGUCAGUAAUUUCGGGUAAGUUGGUAUUAUACCAAUAAAUUUCGAUAUUUGCUUUAAGAACUUAGUUGAUGGAAAUUCCGAUUGAAUUCACCAGAUCGACGAAUGAUAUUUCGCAAAAUUUGUGACCAAACUUGAUACAAUAAUAUUGAUAAAUGAUUAACGACGUAGAUGUUAACGCUAGUCUUGAUUAAAAGAAGGAUAGUAGUCGGAUGGCAAAAGUAAGGUAAAGCAGAGUGAUAAAUUCCGUAGAUAGAUGUUUUAGGCACAUACCUAAUAUACAUAUGGAUCCUCCAUAUGCAGAUUAUGUAUUUGCAUUUGUGUAUUAUAUAGACAAUAACCAGUCCCUGUCCUUUCUCUUACAGGGUAUCCUUUCUUUCUAUUAUCCUUUUAGAUUUUAGGUACAUACCGCAGGUGAGAUCUUUUCGCUUCAGUCUUUGAAGUACAAUUUGUUUCAACAAAAUGCAAAUUUUUAAUAAGGCUGCCAUGUGGUCUCGCUAUUGAAGAUAUAAAAGAGUUAUCUACUACAUAAUUUUUCACGUGAUAAAUUGGUUUUCAUACUUUUAUGAUAUUAUUUAGGUAUUUUAAUGCAUCUUAAGAAAGCAGGAUCUGCGUAUAUCUAAUCUGCUUUAAUUGCGCGAUAUUCUAUUCUGGCAGCCUUGAAAAAUUAUUAUAAUAAAAACUUCAUAUCUUAACUCUGUACUUAACUAAGUAUCAUUCAACUUAAAGAGCCUUGGAAAAUUGUCAUACGAUAAUAAAAAUUGACAAAUAUUAAUAAUAUCGUAUUACAAUUGUACGAAGAAGACCCGUUUGUUGAUCAAAAGAAUAUCGCAACUUAUUCUAUAUAUCUAUAUAUUUGUUGUACUCAUUAAACUUGCAUGUGCGUACGAUGUUUUAUAAGAUUUAGGUCUUACACGUACGCUAGAUGUCUCACGUAAAUGUUUACCUAUCACACAUAUCUUCGUGUUAAUUGACAAUUUAUGCAGAAGCUUACAAUAAAUAGUUUGAAAAUUACUUAGUAUUAUAUGGUAAGGAUUAUUAAAUGAUGUAUUAAUGAGAAAAGGGUCUCUACUCAAAAUAAAUUUAUUAUUUCUCUGAUAUUUA